AGUUUUAUUUUUAAAUGAUAGAAGAGUCUUUGACAAAUAAACAACUGCUGCCUUUAGAGUUGUACAGCAAAGCCAUUGGCCACACGUGGCAUGGAGCGUCCCACUCUUCCCUUGUUCUGCAGUGGUGUUUCUUCUGUCCUGUCGUGCUAGGUUAUGUCUCGAUAACUAGCAAAUAAAUGCUUCCUCUUAAUUCCAUGAUUCUGAUGCUGUUGUGAGCAAUGAGGAUCGUCUAUUUUAUGUGCUGAUAUUUAUCUUUUGCGUGUUCACGCUUGCAUUUGCACUGGCAGUUUAUGACGGCUAGCAGUAGUUUUAUGAGCACCUGAGAAAGUUGCCGCUGCAUCAUGUGACUUAAGGUUUCACUUCUGCUGUUUGUGUUUAAUUAAAAAUAAUUUUGAUCUCUUCCCUGCGUGUAUUGAAGUAUGCAGCCUUUUGCUAGUUUGCUGAUAACGGCUCUGCCAAAGGGGAAAGCAGAGCAAUGGUGGACUUUGGUCUUGUUUUCGUUGUGGAGAGGUCCAUUCAGAGAGCCAACAGACGACGGAAACGUUUCAUCCUGCAAAGACUAUACAAAAUGCAGAGCCUUUUUUAUUUUGGAAAUUUAUGGGAGAGAGCAGGUUUAGCAACCAUCAGGGCAGAGUCUGUCAUUGCUGUGGACUUGAGGAGGCCUCGCGCUGCCCAGGUUUUACGGUGAGAGAGCGCUUGGCCGGGGUCCAGCACAUUUGCUAAUUGUUCCUGGGCUGUGAUUUACGAUGCUCUGGGGAAGGCUUUAUGGCAGCUUGUGUAUCUUCCAAACAACCGGACCUUCCACAAAUCCUUUUACAAGUCACUUCUUGCCCUCUCUCGCUGUUGUUCGCCGAGGCGCUCAGCAGGACGCAGCGCAGCAUCUCCCCCUGCUGCGCUGGCCAGGCCCAGGGGCAAGGACAGGCAACGCCGGCCUUGGCCAUGAAGGAUUUGAAACCUGGUAGAAGAUCUACUACAGGAAGAGAAGCCUAAACAUGAAUGACUUCCUCCUGUGCACACGGUCAAAAGGGAAUGUCCACAAGAUUAUCACCACACUGCAAAACCUUCACAAGUUCAGAAGAUUUUCUAGUGCUGGGCUGCAAGUGAAUCAACUACCCCCAAAAAAACCAAAGUCAACCGUGCAUGCUUGAGAUAACUCGCUCUGGAAGAGUCCUGGGCUGGAAAAUACCCCGUGGCUCCACCUAGAAGUACUCUGGCUCUAGCACAGUGGUGUCUGUAAAAAGGCGUGUUAGCAGGCAAACAUGCUUAGAGAUUUCACUUCUAACAGGCUGGAACUAUUAUCCUAUUGUAUCCUACUGCACUGUAAACAACCACUGAGCUUUCUGAAGAGAUUUCUCAUCUGGGCUGUUUUACUGGACUGAAGACUGCUGACUCUGGCAGAACCCCCUCUGUGGCUGUGGACGAUGCUGCCAAUGGCACCAUGGCAUGUAACAAAUCGUACUGUGGGCUGCAGAAAUUGCCUGGAAGAAGCGCAGCCUUCCCAUGGCUGGGAAGGCUCUCUUAGUUCCUGUGUACACAGACAUCUGUGCAAGGAGAGUGAGGCCUCUUCCCAGUAGCGAUGUGGCAAAGGUGCUGUGAUGUAGAAGAUCGCUCAGAAUUGGUGCGCUGCUUUCUUAUGAUAACAAGGCUUUCUGACCAGCUGCCUUUGGUCUGUACUUCCCCAGGAAAGAGUACUCGGAGAAUGUCUACAUUGAUCAGGCAGCUGGUACGCCACUCCUGCACAUCCAUGCCUUGAGGGAUUCACACGGGGAAGCGGCCCACUUCCAUCUGUGCCAGAAUCUCAUCAUUUCUCGAGCAAGAUCCCAUGAAAACCAUUGGUUUCAAAUCAGAGAAAAAACAGGACUUCUGUACCUCAGCAAGAGCCUAGACAGAGAAGACUUUAAUAUGCUGUCUGUAGGAAAUUGGAUGUCAUUAUCAAAAGUGAUGCUGUAUGUCUUCCUUUCAUCCCACCCUUUCCAAGAGAAGGAAUGUGACUCUGCUACUCGUGCCACAGUAUACCUCUCCUUGAUCAAUGCUACUGCACCAGCGUGCAGCACCCUGACAGCAAGGCAACUUUGCUUCACAGAAAUGGAUCUUUCCUUUCAUAUCAAGGAGAAUAAACCACCUGGCACGUUUCAUCAGCUCCAGCUACCCUCAGUUCAUCAUCUGUGUCAGAAUGUCAGUGUUUCCUACAAACUUCUAGCAGCUGAAGGUCUGCCAUUUCGGUACAAUGAGAACACCACGGGGGUGAGUGUGAUACAGCGUCUAGAUCGAGAAGAAAGAGAGAGAUAUGAACUGAUUGCCAAAUGUACCGUGAGAGAGGGCUUCAGAGAAAUGCAGGUUGAGGUGCCCUUCCUGGUGAAUGUGUUAGAUGAAGAUGACUCUGCUCCCUUCCUUCCCAAUGGCACUAAUACUGCAGAUGCUGUUGUGGAGUUCAACAGAAAAGAGGGAACUGUCCUCGCAAUGCUAACUGUGUGUGAUGCAGACACCACGCCUAUUUAUCCCCUUGAAAGUAGCAGAAAGAAAUACACAGGAACCAUCAUUACAAAUGAUCCAUGGAUAAACGAAACAUUUCGGGUGGAGCACAUCUUCCAUGAAAUCCACUUCAGUCCAAAUGGCAGCCAAGUGAGGGGAACUCUACAUGAAUACAAACUAGUACUGAAUAAAAGUAUUUCAGUCACAGAGCAUCGUUCCUUCCAAUUGGAUGUUUUGGUGAAUGACACAGAAUAUCAUGGUCCAGAAAGAUCGGUGAUGCUUCACUUCAAUGUCUCCAUCCUCCCUGUCAGCAUUCAGUUUCCAAACGUGACUUACCAGUUCACAGUGAACAGAAAUGCUGAACGUUUUGCACAAAUAGGAAAAAUCUGCAUUGAAAACUGUAUGAAAUUCUGUGGUGUGAACAUCACCUACAAGUUACUGUCCCCCAAUGUAAGCUGCUAUGCUGUCAGCAUACUUCAAGGCCGAGAAGACAAAUAUGGAAGCCUUUAUGUGAAUGAUUCCUCUGUGCUACGCAGACCUGAAUGCAAGGAAAUACAAUACACUAUUCAAGCUACGGACAGGCAGAGCAGGAAACAUGCCAAAACCCUUCUCACUGUUGUGUUGGAAGGAACUCUGUUAAAAAAAGAGGAGGACUGCCCUGACUCUUGUGCUGUGAGUAAGCACCAUGCUGAAUGUGAAGAGUGUGGUGGCCUGGGAGUGUUGACAGGAAGAUGUCAGUGGAGACAGGGGAGUGGAAAAGGAAUCACUACAAACUAUUCCACGUGCACACCGAGUAUCAAGACUUGUCCGGAUGGCAUCUGUGAUGUGAUUGAGAGCAGAGAUCCAGCUGUAUGCCCCCAAGACUGCACAAGUGACCAUCAAAAUGAUCCAAUGCCAUAUUUGUUGGAAGAUACAGGCAGAGGUUCAUAUGAACAGCGUUUACCAAGUGGAAACAUUAUUGGUGGUCAUGGGAAAGGCAUUGGAAAUCUUGGAAUUAAGUCAGGACAUGGGAUUUGUUACUGCUUCCCGAGACAGAACUGUUACUGUGAGAAAGCUGAUAUCAAGGAGCAACUAUGUGAUGAUGUGUGCAAGACUGUGAUAGCAGGGGCAGUGCUGUUGUCCUUCAUCAUCUCUGUGCUGCUUUCUUCUUAUUUUAUUCAUCGCUACCACAAGAAUUCUCCAAAGCCGCCUAUUGCCUCGGCAGAAAUGACUUUCCGGCGCCCAGCCCAGUCUUAUCCCAUCAGUUAUUCUUCUACUAAUGUCCGUCGACCUUCUUUAGAUUCCAUGGAGAACCAGGUGUCUGUAGAUACCUUUAAAAUACCAGAGGACCCAAAGUGGGAAUUCCCUCGGAAGAACCUGGUUCUGGGCAAGACUCUAGGGGAAGGAGAAUUUGGAAAGGUGGUUAAGGCAACAGCAUUCAGACUCAAGGGAAGAGCUGGCUAUACCACUGUGGCAGUGAAAAUGCUAAAAGAAAAUGCUUCCCAGAGUGAGCUGCGAGAUCUACUUUCAGAGUUCAACCUUUUGAAACAGGUGAACCAUCCUCAUGUCAUCAAGCUGUAUGGAGCCUGCAGUCAAGAUGGUCCUCUAUAUUUAAUUGUGGAAUAUGCUAAAUAUGGUUCCUUGCGCAGUUUUCUCAGGGAAAGUCGAAAAGUAGGACCAAGCUACGUGGGUAGUGACGGCAACAGAAAUUCAAGUUAUUUGGAUAACCCUGAUGAGAGAGCUCUAACAAUGGGAGACCUGAUAUCAUUUGCAUGGCAGAUAUCACGGGGAAUGCAGUACCUCGCAGAAAUGAAGCUUGUCCAUCGUGAUUUAGCAGCCAGAAAUGUAUUGGUGGCAGAGGGACGCAAAAUGAAGAUUUCUGAUUUUGGCUUAUCCCGUGAUGUAUAUGAAGAAGAUUCAUAUGUCAAGAGGAGCAAGGGUCGGAUACCUGUCAAAUGGAUGGCCAUAGAAUCCCUAUUUGAUCAUAUUUAUACAACACAGAGUGAUGUGUGGUCAUUUGGAGUUUUGCUAUGGGAGAUUGUAACUUUAGGAGGCAAUCCCUACCCAGGUAUUGCUCCUGAAAGACUCUUUAACCUCCUAAAAACAGGCUACAGAAUGGAGAGACCGGAAAACUGCAGUGAAGAAAUGUACAACUUGAUGUUGCGCUGUUGGAAGCAAGAGCCAGAUAAAAGACCAACAUUUGCUGAGAUCAGCAAAGAACUAGAGAAAAUGAUGGUAAAGAGUAGGGAUUACUUAGAUCUUGCGGCUUCCACACCUUCUGAUUCCUUACUUUACGAUGAUGGGCUCUCAGAAGAGGAGACACCACUCGUGGACUGUAAUAAUGCUCCCCUCCCUCGAACCCUCCCUUCCACAUGGAUUGAAAACAAACUCUAUGGCAUGUCAUACCCGAACUGGCCUGAGGAGAGCCCCGUUCCACUCACAAGAUUCGAUGGCACUAACUCUGUGUUUUCAAGAUAUGCAAAUGAUAGUGUAUAUGCUAACUGGAUGGUUUCACACUCAGCGGCAAAAUUUAUGGACAAGUUUGAUAGUUAAAAUUUUCUUUGUGAAAGGUAAUGGACUCAUGAGGGGAACAAAUAUGCAAAGAAUGGAAAGUCCAUUGUUUCGUUCUUUGUACAAUCAACAACUACCUUUUAAUUUGGCAAACUCUUUUACUGAUAGUUUCUAAAGUGUGUUAUUCAUGCUGAAGACUCUACUUGGUAAUUUCCCCUUUCAGAAAACAUAUCAAGCUGGAUAAGAGUUGUAGUUCCAGUACUUCGUUUUAGACUGCCAUUUUGCAUAUGGUUCCAUUUGGCAACUGCUUACUGCAAAUGGCCUUGCACUUUGUUCUCAACGUUUUUUAGAUUAACCAUCCUGUAUUACAACUUUCUUGGAUGGGAAAAGGUACUUGAACUGCUACUUUUAUAGUGGCUGUUGGCAUAUGACCGACCACUUGAUCUAAGCAGGAAGCACAAACAAUAUAUGGGGGUGGGGAGAGUAUGCUCCCAAAUUACUGAGCUUGUUAUCGAAUGAGAAGUGUUACAAUGAUGUUGGCGCUAAUGAAGCCUGUAUCCUGGUUUGGAAGCAAACAUUAAGUAACUCAAUAGAGAACUUGAGAUUCAACAUUUGAAGUCUUGUAAAAUGUAUUGUCUUGUCUUAAUGAGAAGAGAGUUUGUUUUAUUAGUCUUAAACUACUUUUACCUUUAGCACAAUGGAGAUAAAUUUGAUAAAAGAUAUGCUGUAUAGACUGAUGGCAAUCAACCGUGCUCAUCUGACACAAUUUACUUUCCAUCACAUACAUCUUACUAACGUUAAAAUGUACAAUCUUGUACAAUUGUAAUUCCUCUUAUGAGUUCAAUACAGACUGUACAGGAUUUUUAGACUGAAUUAUAGUAAAGAGAUUUUGUUUGCAGUCAUGUUCGGUGGGUUGGAGUCCUCCUCUCAGCUCAAAAUUGGAUGCACUGCCAUAUACAGGACACUGCCGUGACAUAGCUCCGAAUAAACCUACUGUCUUGGAAGUCAUGAGUAAGCAGCACUUGCACAGCAAAAUUGGUCCGAUACUAUUGUUGUUAGUUAACCCAUACAAAUUUGUAAAGGAUAGAGUGAAAUAUAAAAAUGUCGUGCUAUGACACUGACUUGAUAUUUAGGAAAAUGAUCUGCCUAUGGGUCACGUGUUCUAUGUGGAAGAGUAAAUGAUCAGCACUAUUUUUGUCUUUAUUUGUAAUCUAAUAUGGUUAAAGAUAACUUUUUCUUUGCCAAAAAAUAUUGGGGCAUAAAUCCUGAAUGACUCAUUGUUAGCAAUGUGAUGGUUAUUCUAAAUAAUCAAGUUCUGCCAAAGCUUGCUCCUGUCACUUACAAUCCAGUUUAGCUGUUUUCAUAUGUUGUUUUGUGUGUCAAAUUUAUGUUUCCAUUAAAGUCUGUGAUUCCAGAAAAAAGUGAGUCAGACUGCCAAAAUCUCAACACAGAUUCUCAUAUGACAAAAACUGGGAUAUAAAGCGCUGUGUUGGAAUUUAAAAACAACUUCACUGCUGUAUAUCAUACUUUAGUCUGUCCUGGUUUUCAACAAGCACUAAGUGUGGCUUUUUUUUGGUACAAACAAUUACCGUGUUGUGUAAAACUUCUGUACAGAAAACAUAUAUAGCUGUGUAUAUAAAAAGGGUUCAGCUGUGAUAUCAUGGUGAUCUUCACUGGCAUGACACAACUCUCAGAACACUGUAAGAAUGCAUACCUUUAAAAUAAAUAGCACUGAAAAUUAA